UAUAACAUAAUCUCCAACCGGAUGGACCUUUGAGUUUGCAAUUGUUCGCGGUCGGUGUGUGGCAAAAUGUUGGCCAAGCAGAUUCCAGGAUGCUUUGUGCUGUUAGUGCUAGUGGCGAUGGCCAGAGUCAGUGAUGGCGCUAGGAUACUGGCAAUAUUUCCUGCCCCGGCUAAAAGCCAUCAGAUAGUGUUUCAAGCAUUGGUGAGAGGACUGCUUGAGAGGGGCCAUUCAAUUUUGAUGAUGACACCGGAUCCUUUCGAAACGGAUAAUCCCAACAUAACGCAAAUCAACUGGAACUACGCGCACAAGAUAAUGGAAGAAAUGUUUGAUGUGGCAAAGUUAAGACAACAGAAUUGCAAUUCCUUUGACGUUGCAAAGGGUCUUUUAGAUGUGACAAAAGUAUUCAUCGAGGCGGAACUAGCUCAUCCGGAAGUGCAAGCAUUGAUCCGGAAUGCCAACGAUGAACGUUUUGAUGUGUUGAUAGUAGAAUACUUCCAAAUGACCCCGUUCUUUGCAUUCGCCGAAUUGUUCAAUGUGCCUAUGAUUGGGGUCACUUCAAUCGAUUCUAUUACGCUGGCCCAUCAAGUUAUCGGAAACGUUAUGAAUGUAGUUGCCCAUCCGGAAAUGAACCACAAGUUCUCAUUGAAUCCAAACUUUUUCCAACGAAUUGAAGCAGUUGUGACUAGGUUGAUUACUGAUUAUUACUUAAUGCCUCGAGAGUUUGAAAAGUAUGAUAGAAUAAUAGAGCGGAAUUUCGGCAGCAACAUGUCCAAGUCGAUGGAGUUGAUGCAUCGAAUAGACUUCUUGAUGACCAACGUUGAUCCAACAAUGGGAUUCAUUCGACCAAUCGUACCACAAGCAAUUCAACUGGGAUUUCUGCACGUGAAACCACCGAAACCGUUACCGAAUGAGCUGCAGCAAUACAUGGAUAAAUCCCGCCAUGGAGUGAUUUACUUCAGUCUUGGCACGCUGAUUCGUAGUGAUUCAAUAAAUCAGAAGAAUUUAAAGAUUUUCGUCGACACAUUCAAAUCGCUGAAAUAUGACAUUCUGUGGAAGUGCGACAGUGAAGUGGAUUUGAACGGAACAAUUAACAUAAGAAUUUCGAAGUGGUUCCCGCAACAGGAUGUGCUCGCCCAUCCGAACGUAAAAUUGUUCGUGACCCAGGGAGGACAGCAAUCGAUGGAGGAAGCCGUGGACCGACAGGUGCCGAUGGUGGUGAUACCGUUCAACUUCGACCAAUUUGGCAACGGGGACAAAGUGGUCGAACGGGGAAUCGGCAAGUCAAUCUGGAUGGAAAAUCUUACCAAGGAGAAUCUUCUGUCAGCGAUCCAGGAGGUGAUAGGAAACAAGAAGUAAGUGUGAUUUUCCUUCCGAUAAUUCCGAUGCAGUAGUGGUCGACAUCCGUUUAGCCGAGGUUCUAAAAUGGAUCACAAAUUCUAAGAGAAUGAUUCAGCUGGAGUAAUUUUUGGUUGUGGUUAUAUUAUAACUAUUAAACUGGCACAGCUCAGUAUGGGAGGAAAAUAAAGUUGUAUUAUUCCACAGGGCACCCCUCACGAUUAUUCCUUAGGGUUAGAGAGAGACAUCCUGAAAAUUUC